UAUAACUUAAUUAAGAGGACGCCCAGUUCCUGUUUUUGCUUUUUUUUUCAUCCAGGUUGAGAUGAGGAUGCGGGGGUAUGGGCCCCUCUCCCCUCUCGUCCAGGAUUCAGCCUCCAGCUCCUCCUCUGAUGCAUCGUUUGCAUCAGUACUUGGGAACACUUGUCCGCGCGCUGCUGCACCUCCCCACAGUACAUUCACGGACUCCACUUUACCAGGUGAUGACAGACAGACGCACAAGAGUAACAAUGAUAUGUUUUUAACACGGCCCGAAGUCGGAAUUAACGUAGAAUGGAGACGCGCCUCAGUCACUGCCUUUUUAUCAUUUUCUCUGAGUGGAUUUGGCUCUUCACCCUAACUUCCAUCCUGGGCGGAACAAAAGCGGAGCUGAGGUGCAUUCCCUCGUGCCAGCUGCCGCUAAUUACAGCAUUUCCCCGGGAACUCUCGGAGCUGGAUUUGACUCAUUUUGGCGAGGCACCAGCUGAAGAAUUUGUUGGAUUAACGGAGGGGUCACCGGGCGCAGAACCCACCGCCGGCGGGGACGAGAAGCACAGCGUUGCGGGAUUGCGCAGAGAAAGUUCGCCUGAAGUGCAGCCACGGUUAGGGGGGAAUAACACAAGUUGUGUCCAGAACGGUCAGCAAAAACUUUCCCACCCUGAAGUGUUUCCUGAAAGUGCUUCACCCGAGGCUGCUGCGUCUCCCAGCGGGUGUAACGCAACCGAAAAUACCCCCGGUGAUGGCAAAAACGACAGUUUUUAUGCUGAAAAUGGGGCGCAGGUUGAUGUGACAGUAAACGAGGAUGUGGCCAGUUGGAGACGAACGCGGAGUGCGAGGAGCGCAGAGACUUGGUCCGGAUUCAGACCUGAGGAGGACGGGGAGGACGCUUCGUUUGCGGACCAGGAGGAGUUUGAGCUCACAAGUUCGACAUUUGCACUCACUGGGGACACGGCUCAUAACCAGGCGAUGGUGCACUGGUCCGGACAGAACAGCAGCGUGAUUCUCAUGUUGACGAAGUACUAUGACUUCAACUCUGGCAGAGUAACAGAGAGUUCUUUAUGGAGGUCAACCGAUUAUGGGACCACAUAUGAGAAACUUAAUGAGAAAGUCGGGCUGAAAACCAUACUGAGCUACUUGUACGUGAGUCCUAACAACAAAAGGAAGAUCAUGUUACUUACCGACCCGGAGGUGGAGAGCAGCCUGCUCAUUAGCCUUGACGAGGGGGCGACCUAUCAGAAACACAGCUUAGCUUUUGAUAUCCUCAGCCUGCUUUUUCACCCCGAGCAGGAGGACUGGAUUUUGGCUUACAGCCACGACCAAAAGCUCUAUGUCUCUGUUGAAUUUGGGAGGAGAUGGCAGCUUGUGCACGACAAUGUCGUCCCCAACAGAUUCUACUGGUCCAGACUGGGUCUAGACAAAGAGCAAGGAAUGAUUCACCUGGAGAUCAGCAUCUCUGAUGGACGGUCACAGUACAUAACUUGUAAACUUCAGAAUUGCUCUGAUGGAAACAAGGGCAAGCCUUUCCCUGGAUUUAUCAUCCCUAAUUCCCUGGUGGUUCAGGAUGAAUACGUUUUCAUCCAGGUGCCAGUAGGUGGCCAGUCUGUCCAUUAUGUGUCCUAUAAAAGAAAUGCUUUCUACCCAAUGAAGCUUCCCAAGUACACUCUGCCAAAGGACUUGCAGAUAAUCAGCUCAGACGACAACCAGGUGGUGGCAGCGAUUCAGGACUGGCACCAGAAUGACUCCUAUAACCUGUACAUGUCUGAGUCCAGAGGGCUGUUCUUCACCCUGAUGCUGGAGAACGUUGUGAGCAGUGGAGGACCAGAGGGCAACAUCAUGAUAGACCUCUAUGAGGUUGCCGGGAUUAAAGGGGUGUUCCUGUCAAAUAAAGUUGUUGAGAACCAAGUGAAAACUUAUAUCACAUACAACAAGGGGAGAGACUGGCGUCUUCUUCAGGCUCCAUCAACCGAUCUCCAGGGAAACAAGGUCUAUUGUGAACAACCUUAUUGUUCGUUACAUCUACACCUUCAUGUGUCAGAGAAUCCUUACACCUCGGGAAACAUUGUCAGCAAAGAUUCAGCUCCUGGAAUUAUAAUAGCGUCAGGUGUAGUUGGACCUGAGCUGACCAGUAAUAAUGUCAGUAUUUUCAUCACAUCUGAUGCUGGAAACACCUGGAGAGAGGUUUUUCAGGAAGAGUACAGCGUGUUUUUCCUGAAUCAAGGAGGAUCUCUGGUGGCCAUCCGACACACACCUCUGCCAAUUAGACACAUUUGGCUGAGUUUUGAUGAGGGCAGAAACUGGGACAAAUAUAGCUUCACCUCCUCUCCGCUCUAUGUUGAUGGGGUGCUGGGGGAGCCUGGAGAGGACACCCUCAUAAUGACAAUAUUUGGUCAUUUCAGCCAUCGAUCUGAGUGGCAACUUGUCAAAAUCGACUUCCGGUCCAUUUUCCAACAGCAAUGCACAUCUGAAGAUUACAUGACAUGGCAAUUACACAAUGAGGGUGAAGUGUGCAUCAUGGGAAUGAAGAGAAUCUUCCAAAAACUGAAAGCAAACGUUCGAUGUGUCAAGGCCAGAAAUCAGUAUAUUUCCCAGAUGUCAGACUCCUGCCCGUGCACAGAGGCAGAUUUUGAGUGUGACUACGGGUUUGAGAGGCAGAUUGAUGGGAGCUGCGCCCCGGCCUUCUGGUUCAUCCCGUCAGCAACAUCUAGAGACUGCAUCACAGGGGACAGCUUCCUCAACACCACAGGAUAUCGCCGGGCUUUGUCUAACAACUGCACUGAGGGAACUCUGCUGAAGUACAGCCCCAGGCGACAGAAGUGUCCCAGUCAGGCCCCCAAGGGCCUCCAGCUCUUCACCAGUGAGGGAACAUUGGUAGCAACACUGGAGAGGAAUGUCACUUUCUUGGUGUUUCUGGAAGAGGGCCUCGGCUCCAUGACAAGUAUAACAGUGGACUUCGGCGACGGGACCGCCAUAUCGUAUGUUAACAUAAGCUCCAUCGAUGACGGGGUCAAACAUAUCUACAGUAAAGUUGGCAUCUACCAAGUCUCUGCUACAGCAACCAACAGUCUGGGCUUUGACAGGGUGAUACUCUACCUCCACGUCUCCUGUCAGCUUGAACAGGUCCAGCUCUCGGCUCCUUCUGUGGUCGUCAAGAACAAAGCCGUAAACCUCACGACAGUCUUACGCCCCAGCAAUGUGGGAACAGUCACCUAUUACUGGUGGUUUGAUAACAAAACAGAGCCUGUUGUGACUCUGGACGGAGCGAUGUCCUUUACUUUCUCCAAGGAGGGAAGUCACACUGUCACUGUUCAGGCUUCAGUCGGCACUACUGUCCAUCAGGACCAAAUGACUGUAGCCGUUUACGAUUAUUUCAGGUCACAUAUUUUGGCCUUUUCUUCUAACUUGGAUGAGCUGAACCCCGGGGUGUCUGAGUGGAGAGAGGACAUCGGCCGAGUGGUGAAGACCUGCAUGGUUCAGGUCACGGGAAUCAGCGAGGAUCAGCUGCUGGUCACUGUGCUCCCAGGUUUACCAACAACAGCAGAGAUUUUCAUCGUGCCCGAGAAGAGGCGCAGAGACGGAGGCAUGGAUGAAAAGUGGGCGCACCUGGAUCAGCUUUCUCAGGUUCUGCUAAGUGCUUUGAACCAAGACCUCAUCCAGUUCACACUCAAGCCGGGGGUGCAGGUGAACGUGUACGCCACGCGGCUGUCUCCAGCUCCUCUCGUGGACAGCACUGAUAGCGGCCACAGUGGCACCGCAGUCAUCAUGCUCGUGUCAGUCGUACUGAUGGGCUUGGCUGUCUUUGUUAUAUAUAAAUUUAAAAGGAAGAUCCCAGGUAUCAACACAUACACAGCGGAGCAGCCUGACAAAGAACAAGAGGUCAUCCCGACUGUGACCUCCAUAGCCGUCCCAAACCCUGAGGGGGACAAGCUGACCUCACUGGAUCAUGUGGAUGUACAGUUGGACUCAAAAGGCAAAGGCUACCUGCCAUCUCACACAGACAUCAAGCUCUCUGAUGAAGCGCCCCAUGUGUUUUAAUGUUGAGAGUCUAUGACCAACUCGAAAGCAAUACAUCUUCUUUGGCAGUUACUUCCAGCAAGCGAUGAAACCACGGUCACAAUGAAUGGUCUCGAGUGUUUUGCUACCCAUGCAUGGAUGGACCAGUUCACACUGUGCUGCCUAAUCCCUCUGAGGAGACUGUACAGAUUUAUACUCGCUUCUUGAAAAAGGGACACUUUUUGACUGAAAAUACUUGUAUUUUUGCAAGGACAUUGAUCUUUUUAUGUAAAUAAUGUACAUCCAUAAUGGAAGAAGUAAAAGUUAUUUGUCUCAGCUGGUUACAGCUGCGCCUGCUCAAAUGCGAAAGUAUCAAAACAGCGGGACAGAAGUGAUGUAUAAUAAUAUCUCAAAAUAUGCUCCUAUUUCUGUUCUUUGGGCUUGUGUUUGUGAAGUUUACUUUGUUUAACUAUGUGGAAAUAGCUUAUCUGAGUAAGACAGUGAGGGAAGCAGAUUCAUUAAGCUCUGUACAAUCAGUAAAUCUUAUCGCCAGAUUCUCAUCAAAUGAAAGCUUGCAAUAUCCAGGAGAUGAAGGAGGGCUCCUAGUCCCAGAUCUGUGUAUUCCAUCAAGCCUGUCUCUCUGCCGCUCAAAAUGUUAUAUAUGUCAUAACAAAAAUAAGAACAGGAGAUUAAAGUGGAUGGACUAGAUAGGUGCAUACAGUAGAUGAGAAACGGAGCAGUCCCUCGUUUAGGAGACGCAAAUUAGCCAUUUUAGUGACACUGGAAUGAACGCUAACACGAUAAAUGUUAAACCUACUUAAAAACAGAUUAUACACAAAUCUUCUAAUCUAAAUCAUGCAUAUGGAUUAUUAUUGCAGCAGCAAUCUUAUAUUUGAUUGUUUAACAGUCAUUUUGACUGUUAAACAAUGCAAUGACUUUUAAACUUGUGCUUCGUACUUAUUUGUUGCCCAGAGCAUUUCUUGUACAUUCUGGUUUCUAUAAGGAGAACUAAAUGUAAAUUUUCUGAAUAAUUCCUGUGUUAACAAAGACGCUACAGUUUCAGCAGCAAACACUCGCUGUAAUGCAGUAAAAAGUGCUACUAUCUGUAUUUUAUUUCAUUAUUAGUUUAAGAUUUAUGAGCUAUUUGUUUGUGUUUGAGAUUUACCACCAUCAAGUAAAGACUUGUGCUCUUUGUUACAACAAAGACAAGACAUCUCAUGUUUUUGUUGCUUUUCUUUGAACUGAUCUCACUGUGAAGGUUGUGGUGCCUUCUUACAGGAAGUACGACAACACUGAAAAGACACCAGGUUCGAAUGGAAACGCGUUCUUAUUUUUUCAUCUUUUUAUUUGUUUAUUCCGGACUGUUUAUCUGGCACGAUGAUACCAGCAUUUCCACAUGGCUUUUCCUCAGUUUACAGUAACGCAGUGGAGCCUGCAGUCUGUUCUCGGUUUGCCCCCAAGGACUCAGCGGACAAAAGGCUGCGGAUUUGUUCAUCUCCUUCGCUGCGAGGGACACAGAGAUAGAGAAGACGUAUCUCCUGUCAACAAGGCUCAGCCUACGCACAGAGCUUUGGUCAGCUGCUGUCUCUUUGGGAUAAGUACUGAAGUUCUUCUUCAUCAAACUUUUCUUUUUAAGUGUUGUCAGCAUCAUAUGUCAGUAAGACAAAUUGACUAGAGGCUUCUCCAUACUUCUUCCCUCCAAUCCUGCGAUUGAGCCUGAAGCAUAAAUAAACUCGUACCCGUCGUCAGGUGAAUGCUGUCUCUCCACACCGAGCAUCAGAGGACUUUUAUUUCGUGCUUGUUUUUUCUUUGUUAAAAGUUUUUGUCAAUUCCCAAUAAUCAACCUGUGAAUACGAUUGUGGACAUAAUUGCAUGAUGUUUAUUUUUUCCAAGAUAUUUAUAUUAUGUCUUAAUUAGAGAAAAAAAUGUUAGAAAUGUGAACUUUCCGUUUCUCAAAGGCUAGAGGACUUCAUUCAUUACAAGUGACUUGAUUAUACAGUGGGUUGUUACUGUGUUUUUCAUUUGAUCUUGCAGAAGUAACCAUGGUUGCGGAAUAAAGCAGAA